ACCAAAGACAUCAACUUCAUCGCCAACGUCACAAGCCGCUCCACCUUCGACAAGAGGGGAUAGCUGGUUAUGAUGCUUCGAAUAUCGCAUCGCCAGGUAUGGCAAGGAAACUGCCGUAUACCGCAAUGGCAUCAACAUAACCGCACGCUGUGCCAAACGUUACCGACAAAUCCUUUGGUAAUAUCAAAGUCUACCAAGACGUCGCAAAAGCGCAAUAAUUCUACUCAAGGUCAAUCUCAGCAGCGGCCACCGGCUGUAUUCAACGGCGUGCCGUUCUCAGGAGGUCAGGGCAUUCAGCCUGCAGAAUCAAUCGGCAACGUUGAAUUGGACAGCCCAAUUCGUGAGAAACUAAGAGAAUGGGUGACUGAAAAUCAGGCGCAUCCGCCAAAUAGUCCAUUACCUCCGGAUAUGGUCUUGCAUGGCACCAUAUCCAACAGCUUCACCCGAUCCCAGUCAACAGGCUCAGCAGAAAUGGAUAACUUGAAAAGUGUUGAUGGUGCAAUCGUAGAAACGCAAGAUCAUGAGAUGAUACCGCCAGGUAGUGUUGGAACAGCGUAUCAACAGCCUGGUGAUCUUGUGGAACUCCGACAACCUGGCUCACGAGUGCCUAUGCUAGGCAUCUACCUGGGUCACAUUGGUGAACGCAACCACUUCUAUGCGAUUAAUGGCAAAUGGGCUAGCAGUAUGGGUUUUUCAUCCAUGUUUACGGUGUCAGGCUUUGCGACAUCCGGUGAGCUGCAACCUGUGCUGGCCAAGAUUCCCCAGGACGGCACACCUGGUGACUUUGACAAGUUGCGUGAGGAGAAUGGUGGACCAUCGCGUGAAGACGCCCGUGAUCUCAUUAACAAAAUGAUGACAUUCAGAAGUCGGGCUGAGAAGGUCUACCAAUCAAAUAUGGAGCGACUUGACGGUGCCCGGGUGCUGCUUGCCGACCCCAGCCAAAUCACAUACAUGAACCUCUAUGAUAUGGCCAAAACGCUACUUCCCAGUUCCGUCAAGGCUGAUGGAAAGGUGCCAGCAUAUAUUCUAUACGCAGUCCAUGGCGCAAUCCAGCGCUGCGAAAACACAUUUUACCCCCUCAGCCCGUCAUCUGCCAUGCAUCUCAAGACGCACUUAUUCGAAGUUUUGCCACUGAGUGUUACAACUAUGAUGGAGAGGAUUGCGGUGUUGGUUCGAGACUAUGUCGUGAGAAACAUUGCCAAAAAUGCGAACCCAUCGUCAAAUGCUGCGCGGCGCAAGGUGGCAUUGGACAACUUUGCAGAAGAAGCUAAGCGAGCACUGGCUCUAAGCGAAAAGCAGAGGAAGCCCACACCGUAUGGUAUUGUCGAGCCCUCCAACUCAGUGGAAAUAGAGAGAUUCAACUGGAGCCCUGCAAGCAAAGAGAUUAUUGGCUUCCUCGAAUGGUGGGCAGGCUAUGGGCUCUUCAACGCUAGUUCCCGCUUCCAUGCGUACGGCGCCGUCAUUCUGCGGAGCCUCAAGACUUACAAAAAUGUCCCGUUGGAUCAAGCCACAGCGUGGACCUUUUUGCAAGAAACGAACGUCAUCACACCAUGGGAGAACCCUUCUCGAUACAAGAUUCGGCUGCCGCAUACUAAGAUUGUCCGGGGCAAGGGGCUAGCACGCCUGGAGCCUGAGUUUAUGGAGGAGUCUGUUCGCCCAGAUAUUGCAGAAGGAGCUCGCAUCAACUAUGGGGCCACAACCGUCUUUUGUAUUGACGGACCAUCAACAGUCGUUAUUGACGAUGGCGUUUCCCUUGAACGAACAACUAAGGAAGACGAAUUUUGGAUCCAUAUUCAUGUUGCAGACCCGACGUCAAAAAUCAAGCCUAAAUCAGAGUUGGCUACCUACCUCGAGCUUAUUCCAGAGAGCAUCUACCUCCCUGGUCAUUACCAGGCAAUGUUGCCUGCCGGCCUGCGAGACAAGUCUGUUCCGCUAGUUGACCAAUUCUCGCUGAAAGACGACGCACCAGCAUUAACCUUCAGUGCCAAGGUCAACAUGAGCGGAGAGGUUUUGGAACACACAGUCGAACCAAGCAAACUAGGCAACAUUGUGUACCUGGAUCCCGAUGAGGUCGCAACAUUCUGCAGUGAGCCAAGACGAGAGGUCGAGGAGGGCCGCGUACUAGAAGUAGGCACGCCGCCUGCGGCAGAAGUAUAUCACAACCGAGCAAUCCACAAGUCGACGGAGCUCGAUACCAAAGACCAAGACGACCUCAAGACAUUGUACCGACUAACGACUGCCCUUAAGACCAAGCGGCUGCAAGACGGAGCGUGGCCAUACUAUAUACCGCGCCCAUCUGUAUCUGUGCGGCUUCACAAACAGUCUUUCCAGGGUGACGACGCCAACGGUCCGAUUUCCAUUCCCCAAGACCCGUACAUCAAAGUCGCAACCGAAACUCGGUCAGGUUCUUCACUGGUUACUGAUACCAUGGUCCUCGCCGGUCAGGUUGCCGCACGAUGGUGUGCAGAACGCAAUAUUGCCAUCCCGUUCCGCCGAGACAGCAAACCAGGCAGCUCAGGACAACAGGUCCGUGACUUUGCCUUUGGCGAGCUCUAUCCGCUAGUCGAGCAGGGCAUCCAGCCGUCAGGCGGACAAAUCAACAAGCUCAUGCGGUUGACGGGCCGAGUCGAGAUUUCUACAGCGCCCGGACCAUACUUUAUCCAGGGUGUCGACAUGUACACCAAGUGUACGUCGCCGCUUCGACGAUACGGCGACAUGCUUGCCCAUUGGCAGAUUCAUGCGGCACUAGCCCAUGAGCGAGAGCACGGGUCGCUGGUGGGUGUGGACAAGGAAAUCUCCAGGAAGCUUCUUCCCUUUAGCAACUCAGACAUGCGAGAAAUGUUGCCCAUGUUGGAGAUUCGAGAGCGUAUGUGCCGCGCCAUCGGCCGCGGAUCAAAGGACUGGAUUCUCAUUGCGCUUGUACGGGCGUGGAAGUUUGAAAACAACCCGCCGCGCAACAUUGUGUUUACGGUGGACUCACGCUGGCGCAAGGGCCUGAGCGGCAAGAUUGACGUCUUUGGUCUGCCUGCUAUACUCGACGUUAAUGGGCUGGAGGGCGUUGCGCUAAUCAAUGAUAUCCAGGUCAAUGACCAGUUCGAGGUAGAGCUGCAGGAUGUCAAUGUUCAUUCGAGCCAGAUCAUUGUCAAGGCAGUAAAGCGCCUGGCGAGAGAGUAGAUGGUACUUUGCCGUCAUUUUUGUACUAUUAUCAUAUAUCAUCCACGGCUGCAAUUGCUCUUGUGUACCAGCAGCAGCCGUUGUAUAUCAUACUUGCGGGUUGAAAAAGCAUAUAGAGGCAGGCCAUCUACGAUAGAAGAUGUGCCGUGUACAAUACCACUUAAUAUUAUCCACCACAACGUUCAUAUACAUACCAUAACAACUCU